AUGGACUAUCUUCAAACAGAUGAAAGAGCAAAGAAACUUGAGUUGAGUAACAUAAGAGAUGUAUUGGAAUCACAGAAUACUUUCGCAACUAACGUGGUUGUCGUAACGGAUGAGAAGGACUAUGUGAAGUGCAGUAUACCACAAUGCUCAACUAUAAAUGCACCUUUAAAAAGUGGGAACGAUAUGGUGGACAAAUGUGUCUACAUCUUCUUGACUUUGUCUAAAGAAGUCGAGAAGUUAGGAUCAGAAGCCAGAGGACGAUUUUAUAACGGACUGUUGUUGUACGAAGACGGAUGUAAGUGAAAUAUAUAUUGUUUCAGUGAAAAAUGUGGCUUAAAAGGUUGUUUUAUAAGUUGAAAGUAAUGGGUUUACAUAGAAGUGUUAUGUCUGAUAUUGACAUUCGAUGUUUUAGGCGAUGAGAAGUCACAAACCGAGAUAAUUGAACUUAUGACGACUUAUUUUCCAUUUUUACAUGACUUGACAAAUUUUGUAGUACGAGUAAAGGAAGUUGCAUCUACUAUUAUCACGCAGUUGUACAUGUUCUUUCAAUUGAAGUAAGUUUUAAAAAAAUUUUUUUAAUAUUAAGUAAUCUUGCUUUUUAAGAUCUAAUACAAUUUGAUCAGUACUAUAAUCUUUAUAUUCAGAGAUAACCUGCUAGCUAAAGCGAAGGAGAGACCAAUGUGGAGAUUGUGGCGAUGUCUGGGAGAUGCUCUAGUUAUAUUGGCUACAAUACAAGAGAUUUUGGAGCACAAACCUGUAAUAUACGAUCAUUUUAAAGAGUAUCGAGACUCCAUAACAAUUGUAGCUCAGAAUCCAGGACAAUUUGAGUUGAAUUCAGAGAGAGAUCGGCUACAGUUACUUGUUGACUUGACUGGCAUUGUGGAACAAGAACUCUUCAGUGAUCUGAUACUGAAAGUAAGUUGUUUUACUUUUGUUAUACAUGUUAUAAAUAAAAAUUUUUUAAAUUUAUUAAAAUAUAGAUUAAAAGAUUUUCUGUUUUAUUUUUGAUGAAAAUGUCAUAAUCACUAUCUUGUUUUAGUCGUUCUGUGAGUCGAACAUUGAUGGAAUUUUCUCGAAGAACAAACAGUUUCUGGAACGAUUCAGGACCAUUAUCAGUGAUUCCUUGUACAAAUGGGACCAAGUGGCUCAAACUGACUUUCCUGAUCGACAAUGUCUGAUCGUACUGUGCAACCUGACUGUCUUCUACUCGCAUCUAACACACAGUAAUCCAGAUAAGAAGCUGAUUAAGCAGAUAUCUACAACUCAACGUCGCCUGAUAGGCUUCCAUCUUGUUGGUGACAUCAUCUUUAUGCCUUUGAUGUUUCUAAAUAGUAAUCUACAUUCAUCAUCAGUCAGACAUCUGGUUACACCAUCGUUGGACGAAGCCACGAAUCUGAUGUUGACUCAACAAUCAGAACAACUUCAGCGAGAGACUCAGCUGGCUACAGAGAUUGUGAACGAGUGGAAGGCCGAGACAAGGAAUGUCAUCAAGGAUUCAGGGAGCGGUUUAGGUAAUGGAACUGCCAACCAGCUGACAGUUCUCAGGCUUAAUGCUGUGUUAAAGGGAGCUAGACUGGCUGACAGAGUGGGUCGACUGGUCAAGUGCAUUCUGAAUGCUCAUCUCUUCAAAGAUCGACCAAUUUCUCGGUCGAAUGCCUUGUACCUAUUCAAGUUGAUAGAGAUCAUGAAGACGGUCAAAUUCACGAUGACAUAUUAUUGGAACGACGUCAUUGAGUGGAUUCAACAAGCAAAACAAUAUUGGAGUAAGAGUUUUGUCAGAAUCAUUGAAGGAAUCAGAAGUGUGAUGGGUAACAGUAGUAAGAACGAUCCCUACUACCUUGAUGUGUUGUCGUCUUUACAACUGGCAUCGUUGUAUGUCAGUAACUCAACAUCGAAACAAGCUUUGAUGGCUUCUGGGAUGGCUUUGGAUAUGGCGAACUAUUUGGUAUGUUUUGUAUACGUCGUAUAACGAUAAGUCGUUGGUUUUAACUUUUUUGUGCAUAAUAAUUUUUAAAUGUUAUAUGCUUAUACCUUACUUUUGUAGAAGAACUUGCGUAAUUCUGAGAUCUUGGAAGUAGAUGAGAUCAUGGUACGAUUGGAUUCAAUUUGUAACAUUGAGGAUAUACUCGAUCGUGUUACCGGCUGCUCUUUUCUUUACUUCCAUAGAGAAUUGACCAGUAUUUACCUGGAGGCGUUGAUCACAAUGGAUUUGAAUGUUGAUGGAGUUAAGGUAAGGUUAGAGGUUGGAUGAUAUGUUGUUUUAGAAGUUUUUUGACGCCUUGGGAGAUUCCAUGGAUGUUAUGAAGGACUGCAGACACAAACCGGUUGAUAAACUAGUCGAUGAGUUUAGAAACGGCGUUUUUGCUUUGGUCGAUGAAGUGAGUAUUGUUAUUUGGGGUCAUAACGAUCUAUUUUGGGCUUUGCUUUAGGUUUAUUAAGGGCGUAAUUGAAACAGGCUUAAGCUUUGUUUCACUUUUUAAAUGAAUGCACUUUUAAGACUUUGGUAGAGAAGUUGUCUACAAUGAUUGAGAACGAUCUCCGAGUCCUGGCCCAUUCACGGCAGAACAUUGACGAAGACUUCAUCGAAACAGAAGUCUUCAAGACCAAGAAGGCGAAGAACGUCUACCUUUUCGAGAAUCAAGAAAAAUUCCAAAGGAUUCGAGAGUUGAUAGAAAUGGAGCCAUUGGUACUGUGUGGUCGACAGCUUCAUUUGAAAGAGAAGGUGGAGCACAGUAUCCAGAAGGUCUUCUACGAGCUUACUGUGGUGGCGCUCCACGAUUCAGAAACCUAUGCUCAGAUGAGGCUACUGGCUAAGAAGAGGUACAACCUGCAGCUACUGGACAGCUACCUUCCUCACAUGGUGAUCGACCAGGGAUUGGACAUAUUGAAAGUGGCAGCGAGUUUGGACAGUUUUGUUGAGAAUUACUGCUACGAUCUGAAAGAACAUGUAAGUUGGAGGUAUUAUAGUGGCUUCUUUAUGGUGUUACAGUAUACCUUGUAUUCAAAACAUAAUGAUGAAGUAUUUUUUGAGUUUAAAAAUAACAUGUUAUACAUGGAAUCUAAAUUAUAUUACAAUUUGUAAGUGUCACAUUCUGGGUAUUGCUUCAAAUUUACAUUGUAGUUAAUAGUAGUAGAAAGCUGCUUUGUUAUGAUAGUGAACUACCUUACAUUCAACUACCAUUACACAUCAAGUAAUUGCUUUUCCAAUACAAAGCAGUCGAUAUUAAUAGUCUUUUUGUUUGAAAUGACAUUAUGAAAUGCAGUUAUUAGCAAGAUGUACAAUUACUUUGGCUGUUUAUAGAAACAUAUACUAUACUCUUUAUAUACAAAGACGUAACGUAGGAAUCAAGAUAUAAAAAUAAAUAGCUUUACAAAGUAACAUAUACAUCACUAUAAGGUAUAGUAUGAAGCAAUACGAAACAUAUAAGACAAUAUAUUAGCUAAUAAAAGCCCAUGUAAUUCCUGGUAUUGCAGGCGUUUUACGAGAAAAAGUCGGCGACAAAGAUGUUGAAUGUGAUGCGAGUGGAGAACGUGGUAUCGUCGAUUAAAACCCGCGGCAUGGGGGUUGUUCACAAUACGGUAGGGAUUAGGCCAGAUUAAGGGUGAUCUUUGUGUUUGUAGUUGAAUGUUGCCUAUACUUUGCUCAAGAAGAAACUCAAACUACUGUCCCAGUUGAUGUUCACCGAACAGAUCAAGUUGCAGUUAGUCAAAGACAUACGACAUUACAGGGACAACAUAGACGAGCUCGAUCAAAUGGUAAUUUUUAGUUAUAUUGGGAGUUUAAAGGAGUUACAUAGAAAUUAUACUAUGGGGAUUGCGGUUAUAGUAGAAAGGUAAUAGUUGUUUUAAAUGAAUCACAUUCAAGAUAAUAUGUGUUACAGUACCCAGUGCGAAGAGCCGAGAAGUUCAACGCCUCGGUAGGCAAACUUGGCACAGCUCCAAAUGGCAGAACAUACCUAGAUGCAUUCAGACAAGUAUUAAUCGAAAUUGGGAAUACGCUAGGCUUUGUUCGUAUGUUACAGUCAGCUAUACUGAGUGUCAAUUGUUUUACUGCCGAGUUCGAUGGUACUGAUGACGACGAGACUGUGGCUGGGCCUAGUAAUCCCUUGAUUACAUUCUACGAUUGCCUCAGUAAUGCGAUGACACCUUUUCUGAAGGAAAGUGACUACAUUCAGGUAUGGAUACGUAUAUUCACGUAUUUAUAACAUAAUAUAGUUAUAUUCACGUAUCACAUCAUAGCAUCAUUCAAAGUACUCAAGGAUAAUUUGUCAGUUGGGUGAUAUUGUAGCCAGAAGCUUACACUUUGUUAUUGCAUAUCUUGGUACAAAAAACAAGUUUGUAUCCUGCUUUUUUGUGCCAUAAUGUAAUAAGGUCCUUCUUUGGUAAUAUUGUAGGAUAUCUUCAACUACAAUUGACUUUUUAUUAUGUUAUUGCAAGUUGUGAAACCUAAUGUGUAAACAUUGUGCCACUUCAGCUGAUGUGUCAAGUGUUCUCCAAAGAGUUGAGGAACAUGGACCGCUUCUCUCACCUCCGCAACCUGUUCAUCUUGAUCCCGCCCUUGAGUAUCAACUACGUCGAGUACCUCUUCUCAUCCAAAACAAGGUCCUUGAAGACCAAUGCUCCUGACCAUGAGCUGAUCUUUGUGGAAGACGGCUUUCCGAUGGGUGUAGCCUUUGUGAUGUCAUUGCUGAAUCAAGAUUACUUCUUUGAUUCGCUGAACUGGUUUGACUCAGUAAAGAACAACCUGAAUGGAGCUACUCAGAAUACACAGAAAGAAGAGCAGAAUGCUCUCAAAAACAAGGAUAACUUCUUUGCUCAGACCUUGGCCAUCAGGUUGGCCAGGUUUCAAGAGAUCGACGCUGAGUUCGACUACUUAAAGUACAAUUUACAGUCGGCCAGGAUGUUGUUCAAAUCUAGUCAGGCGAAUGAGAGUGAUGAUGAGCAUUUUCUAGAAGAUGCUGACUUCUAA